AUGGAGGCGGUCAUUCAGAACCUGCACGAUGCAGAAGAGAAGCGAGACCUCAACUACCGUGCAAACGAGGACGAGCGCGAGCGCAUGUUCGUCGAAGCCGAGCGCCGGAGGGACGAGGAGGCCAUCGCGCGCCGCGAAGGUGCCCUGGAGGGCAUCGUAGAGCAGCUGAAGGCCCUUCCCCCGCCCGUCGUGCCGGCGGACGUUGGCAAGGGCGCCGCAGGCGAGCCAGACGAGUCGAGGUCGGCGCCCACAGUGCCCAGCGACGGUGCGCCUUCCCAUCGGACGGCGUCGAUCAUCACGGCCGGCGACGUCGGCGAUCCUGGCGCGUUCAUGGACACGAUGCAGGAGGUCGCCAAACGCCACGCUGAAGACAUCCGCGAGAUCAUCGAGCUCGAACGCGAGUCCGCUGCUGCCGAGCGCGAGCGGAUGACGGAGGCCAUGCAAGCGGAUCACCAGAAGACGGUCGAGCAGCUCGAGGCGCGCAUCCGACUACUCCAGGACGAACUCGAGGGCGUCAAGCAGGACUUUGAGACCGAGCGGCUCACGCGCUCGGCGGAGGAUGCGGCACAGCGCGAGGCAGAGCGGGCAGAGCGCGAGGAGCAGCACGACACUGUGCGCGGUCAGCUCACCGACCUCACGAACCUCGUCUCCGAACAAGGGAGCACGAUCGAGGAGAAGAAACGCCUCAUGGACGAGCAUUGGGACAUCAAGCAGGAGCGCUGGCAACAGAAGGACGCCCACGACGCACACACGCACAACCUGCUCAACAUGAUCUUGGAGUCGCAGGAGCGCAUGCUUCAGGAGCAGGUGACCGCAAAGGAAGAACUCCAGGGGCAGAUGAGGACCAUGCAACAAGAAGCUCUGGAGGCUAUUCAGCAGCAGCGGGAAGCGUACGAGGGUACCAUCCAGAACAUGGCUGAAGCAUGGCGCGCCGACUGCGAGCAGCGCAAGCAGGAGACCAUUGACGCUGUCAAGGCGACCGCGAACGAACAGAUCCCGUACAACGUUCAAGGGUAUCUGGACGAAUUCAGUCGCUCGCUGGCUACUGAGGUGCGCAUGCUGCUCAGCGAAGUCGGCAAGCUUCGCGAGGACAAGAGGAAUCUCGAAUUCCAAAUUGGGGAGCUCCUCACGUUCAAGUCCAAGUAUGGCCCUGCCGGCGAGUUUGAUCCCAGCUGGAAACCUGUUAUGACCUGCGGUCCGACCGACGCCGCACCAGCUCCCGAGCCGGCUCCCGAGCCUGAACCCGACGUCCCUCAACCAGCACCUACUGCCUGGAGGACUGUGCAUCCGCGCCAGUCGCGCCGUCGGAGGCAGGCGCCAGCGCCGGCGCCACCUCCGCCAGAGGUUGUUCCCCCUCCGACUACGUCCUGGGCGACAUGGCAACCCCAUCCCACAUUCCAGCCAUCGCCCCCCAUCCAGCACGUCGAGCACCUUCUUGCACCGCCAACGCCGAGCCCAGGUCUGUUCGGUCCUCGUUCCCCUCGCAGUUCGAUCCACCAGGGAUGA